AUGGUUCCUGAGAAACUGAGUAUUAGCUGCAAACUAAAUAAUCAUUUAACAGAACUAACAAUUGACAUUAGAUCUUCUGAAAAUGUUCUUUCUUAUGCGAAAGCCAAAGAGCUAAAUCUGUUUAUUAAAAAGUCUCAGACUAACACUAUAAUCCAGGUCGUAAGUAGCAAAUUUCUAAAUAUUUUAGGUUAUACUGAUACCAUAUUGAACUUUCUGGGCUUAAUAAGCCAUUUCCUAUUACAUUUAAGAUUUUUGACAAAUUCGUUGAUGACAUAA